CACACCCCUUCCAGGGACUAUAAGGACUGCAGGCCUGAUCCAGGCUCCUCCUGGACCCACAUCCUGGGAGCCCAAGCAGCUGUGCAGAGGUUCCUUCCUGGCUGAGCUGUGUGGGACUUCCCAGCAGCAGAGGGCGGGUCUGCUUCUCCCUUCCACCUCAGAGAAGGAAAGGAAGCCAGUGCCAUCCAGAGGUCAUUCCUCAGCAAAGCUUUCAUCAUGGAGCACCUGAGCACUGCCAACACCCGUUUCACCUUGGACCUGUUCCUGGCUCUGAGUGAAAACAACCCAACAGGAAACAUCUUCAUCUCUCCCUUCAGCAUUUCAUCUGCCUUGGCCAUGGUUCUUCUGGGGUGCAGAGGCAACACUGCAGCACAGCUCUCCAAGACCUUUCAUUUCAAUGAAGUUGAGGACAUUCAUUCCAGAUUUCAAGAUCUGAAUGCUGCGAUUAAUAAACAUGGAAGUCCCUAUAUUCUGAAAGUUGCUAACAGAUUAUAUGGAGAGAAAACAUAUAAUUUCCUCCCGGAGUUCUUGGCUUCAACUCAGAAAAUGUAUGGUGCUGAGUUGGCCAGUGUGGAUUUUCAGCAUGGCUCUGAGGAGUCCAGGAAGGCAAUAAAUGAAUGGGUCAAAGGGCAGACAGAAGGGAAAAUUCCAGAACUACUGGCUGCAGGUACGGUUGAUACCAUGACCAAACUUGUGCUAGUGAAUGCCAUCUACUUCAAAGGAAACUGGCAGGAGAAAUUCAUGAAAGAAGACACAACCGAUGCCCCGUUCAGACUGAACAAGAAAGACACGAAAACAGUGAAGAUGAUGUAUCAGAAGAAAAAGUUUCCUUUUGGCUACAUCCAGGACCUGAAGUGCCGGGUGCUGGAGCUGCCUUACCAGGGCGAGGAGCUCAGCAUGGUCAUUCUGCUGCCUGAUGACAUUGAGGAUGAGUCCACAGGUCUGAAGAAGAUUGAGAAGCAGUUGUCUCUGGACAAACUGCGUGAGUGGACCAAACCUGCGAAUCUGGCAAAGACUGAGGUUCACGUCAAAUUGCCCAGAUUCAAACUGGAAGAAACCUAUAUGCUCAACUCUGAUCUAGCCCGGCUGGGAGUACAGGAUCUCUUUAUUAGUAGCAAGGCUGAUCUGUCUGGCAUGUCAGGAGCCAGAGAUCUUUUCAUAUCAAAUAUUGUCCACAAAUCUUUUGUGGAAGUGAAUGAGGAGGGUACUGAGGCAGCAGCUGCCACUGCAGGCAUUGCUGUCUUUUGCAUGUUGAUGCAUGAGGAAGAGUUCACAGCUGACCAUCCAUUCCUUUUCCUUAUCCGGCACAACCCCACUGGUAAUAUCAUGUUCUUGGGCAGAUAUUCUUCCCCUUAGAAGAAUCCCUGGAAAUCAAGGUCAAGCUUAGAGCUUUAUUUCCUGAGCUUUUAGUAGUUAUGGUUUUCAUUUAUUUUUAUCAAUAAAAUUACUAUCCAGAACUGGG